UCAUUUUCCAAGCAGCCAUGGAGAAUCACUGAACUAGCCAAAAUCCAAUCCAAUCUUCUUCGGUCCAAAUUCAACCACAUUGGAACCCUAAUUCCAGGGAAUCUUUAUAUAUAAUCAUUCCCAACGUAACCUACAUUAUAUAUUGUGUUCAUCAGCAAAGAGGGAAAGCAAGCAAGCAAGCAAGCGAGCGAGCGAGUGAGAGAAUCUGAAAAGUUGGAGUGAAAUCGGCGAAUUUCUCAGGGGAAGAAGAUCAGUGAAAAUGGUGACUAAAACAAUUGAUCUUCGAUCAGACACAGUAACUAAGCCGAAUGAAGUGAUGAGAGCUGCAAUGGCUAAUGCAGAAGUUGAUGAUGAUGUAUUGAGUUUUGACCCAACUGCCUUUCGCCUAGAAGCAGAGAUGGCAAGAAUAACGGGCAAGGAAGCUGCUCUCUUUGUUCCUUCAGGGACAAUGGGUAAUCUUAUAAGUGUUAUGAUUCAUUGUGAGGUUAGGGGUAGUGAGGUCAUUCUAGGAGACAACUGCCAUAUUCACAUAUUCGAGAAUGGUGGGAUCUCGACUAUUGGAGGUGUUCAUCCAAGGCCGGUCAAAAAUAACAAAGAUGGAACCAUGGAUAUUGAUCUCAUUGAAGCUGCCAUAAGGAAUCCAAACUUUGAGAUCUGUUAUCCCAAGACUAGGCUUAUUUGCUUGGAGAAUACACAUGCAAACACUGGUGGUAAAUGUCUCUCUGUUGAGUAUAUUGACGAAGUUGGAGUGUUAGCAAAGAAGCACGGGUUGAAACUCCAUAUAGAUGGUGCUCGCAUUUUCCAUGCUUCAGUUGCGCUCGGUGUUCCUGUUAAUAGGCUAGUCCAGGCUGCUGAUUCAGUUUCAGUAUGCCUGUCCAAAGGCCUUGGAGCUCCUGUCGGUUCUGUGAUUGUCGGUUCCAGAGAGUUUAUAGCAAGGGCGAGGAUCCUGAGAAAAACUUUAGGUGGUGGGAUGAGACAAGUUGGCAUUUUAUGUGCUGCUGCUUUAGUUGCAGUUCAAGAGAAUGUUGAAAAGCUUGCAGAUGAUCACAAGAAAGCAAAGGCAUUAGCUGAAGGAUUGAAUAAUAUAAAAGGGCUAAAGGUGGACAUUGCGUCUGUUCAGACCAACAUUUUGUAUUUUGAUAUAUCUGAGGAUGCAAACAUUACUGCUCAUAAGCUAAUCAAUCAGCUGGAGGAACAUGGUGUUCUUAUGAUGGCAGAUAGUUCAUCCAGAAUUAGGGUUGUGCUCCACUACCAAAUUUCUGCAGCUGAUGUGCAGUAUACUUUGGCAUGUAUAGAGCAAGCUGUUAAUGGAACUCCAUUUAAAAAUGGCCAUUAAUGAGGUGAAGAUGAAGAUUUGAAGUCAGGAGAAAAUAAGUAUGAAUGUUACAUUUUCUAGAACUUUGCAUAAUGGUUGUGUAAAUCUUUAAGCAUUGUCAGUCUUCUUUCAUUAUCUAAAUUAAACUUGGGUUUACUAAAUCUUUAUGAGCUGCUUUUGAACUGUUACUAAGAUUUCUGGCUCAAUGUUUUUCAGUAUUAAUAAGGAUAAAUUUGUCA